CGGCGUGAUGUCGUCCCUCGCGCGCACCGCCGCGAUCGCCGCGGCGGCGUUCGACACGGCGCCGCAUCGUCGACGCGGACGACGCCAUCGCGGACGCGUCGUCGUCGCGCGCGCGAAGGCGUCGGCCGCGUCGAACGCCGCGGAUAAAGCGAAAUCCAAAGCCACCUACGCCCUCGGCGUGGACGUCGGCACGCAAGGCACGAAGGCGAUCCUUUACGACCUCGACGCGCGCGCGGUCGCCGGGCGCGGCGCGAAGUCGUACGGCCUCCUCCCGAACGCCUCCGCGAACGCGGCGGAGCAAGACCCGGCGACGUGGCUCGACGGCGUCCGCGUCGCGGUGAAGAACGCGCUCGCGGACGCCAGAGCGACCCCCGACGCCAUCGCGUGCGUCGGCGUGAGCGGGCAGCAGCACGGCAUGGUGUGCUUGGACGCGGAAGGGGCGGUCGUGCGACCGGCGAAGCUGUGGUGCGACACCGAGUCCGCGGCGGAGGCGACCGAGCUCGGGAAGAUGUUCGGUUGGAACAUGCAGGCGGGGUUCACCGCGUCCAAAGUGCGAUGGCUCAAAAACGUCGAGCCUCAAAACUGGGAGAGGACGAAGACCGUGUGCUUGCCGCACGAUUACGUCAACUACUUCAUGACCGGGGAGAUGCACAUGGAGAGGGGCGACGCGAGCGGGAUAGGCGUCAUGGACAUGGAGGCGAGGGAGAUCGACGAGGCGAAGUGCGACGCCGUCGACGCGCGGUUUUUCGAGACGCUUCCGAAGCUCCUCCCGCCGGACGUCGAAUGGGGCAAGGUAACGCCCGACGCUGGGGCGUUUUUAGGUCUCCCCGCGGGCAUCCCCGUCUCUGUCGGCAGCGGCGAUAAUAUGAUGAGCGCCCUCGGCGCCGGGUGCGUGAACGAAGGGCGGCUCGUGGUUUCGUUGGGCACCUCGGGCACGCUGUUCGGGUACAACGCCGAAACCGUGCCGGAUCCGACGGCGGCGAUCCAGCCGUUCUGCGACGCGACGGGGGGAUACUUACCGCUCCUGUGCUCCAUGAACUGCACGCGCGUCGUCGGCGAAGCGAGGCAGGCGUUCGGCGGGGGAAGGUCGCACGAAGAGCUCGCCGAGGAAGCGAAGAGCGUGCCUCCCGGGAGCGGCGGCGUGCGUUUUUUGCCGUACCUCGUCGGCGAACGCUCGCCGAACUGGCCGCACGCGAUGGGGACGUUAACCGGUCUGAGGCCCGGGUCGCUGUGCACGCCCGGGGUUGUGUACAACGCCGCGAUGGAGGGCGCGACGUACGCGCUGCUAGGUGGACUGAAACGCAUGUCCGAGCUCGGUUUAUCCCCGCCGACGGAGCUCGCCGUCGUCGGCGGCGGGUCGAAGAGCAAACGGUGGCGGCAGAUCAUCGCGGACGCGUUCGACACGAGAGUGACGUGGCCGGUCGAGCCCGAGACCGCGGCGCUGGGCGCGGCGCUCCAAGCCGCGGCGCUCGUGAGCGGCGCGAGCACGCGAGCGUUCGUGGAGGAAAAUCCGCCGGCGUACGCGGACGACGUGUCGGAGCCGAAUCCGGACGCCGCGGCGGCGCACGCUGAAAAUUACGAGGAGUUCGUCCGAGAGGGCGAGGCGCUGUUCGGGCCAGAGAUCGUGUGCGACGUCCGCGGCGAGUACGACGAGGUAUACGCGUAGAGUAGAGAAGACAAAGCGAGAUGGAUGUGAUGAUGACUUAUUCGUUUCUUU